AUGGCUUUCCUUCGUUUGGGCUGUGCACUGAUGCUCCUCUUCUACAUCGAGAAUGCCUGCGCCGUCAGAGAGGGCCAUGUCUCGGAAGUGGAAUGCAAGGAGAAGCUCACCGAAACCGCCGCGCAGCAAUACUUCAUUGUCGAGGCAUCAAGCUACAAGGUGGGCAAGAUUCCAACAAAAUCCUUGUGCGAGUGGGCCACGAAUGGACAAAAUCCAGAUGCCAGAAAGGAGGCGCUGACAUACAUGAAGACCGCGCUAAAGAAGCUGAAG